AGAUUAAUAUGUGAAAAAGAAAAGAAUAACACUUAAAACCGAAAUAUUCCCAAUAUGGCGGCGAUAUGGAGAACCUACUCAAGGUUCGUGGAUAAGUUCCCCUGGGGUUCCAAUAUUCUACAGACAGGUGUUCUAUGCGCAACUGGAGAUGUGAUAUCUCAACUAGUGGUAGAAAGAAAACCCCUGUCUGAGUUUGAAUGGGCCCGUGUUGGUAAAUUUUUCCUGAUUGGUAGUUGUGUUGUAGCGCCCUGUGUUAGAACCUGGUAUCUCACUCUAGAGAAGAUUGUCAAAUUCCCAGGCCCCAAGGGAGCGUUCUCUAAAAUGUGUUUGGAUCAGUCUCUAUUUGCUCCCUGCUUUAUUGUUGUUUUUGUAAGCGCAGCAUCAACUCUUAAUGGACUUUCAUCCCAGGAACUUGUGACAAAUCUACGCCGAGACUAUACUGAUAUAUUGCUGACUAAUUGGAAGAUAUGGCCGGCAACUCAGCUGGCUAAUUUCUACUUUGUUCCCUUCCAGCAUAGAAUACUGGUGGUGAAUGUAGUUGCUCUGUUCUGGAACACAUAUCUUGCCUACAAGACAAACAGUCCUAAACAGAUCUCAGAUAGUCCGGUUGAACAGGGAGAAAAGGGAGCUAGCCUACUAACCCCUCUCAGAUAGUCCGGUUGAACAGGGAGAAAAGAAAG